AUUAUAACCACAACUUCAGUUGAAUUUCAGUCAAUCGUCGCAACAACGAGUGUGGAAGGGAACUCACAAUUCGGAACUCAACAUCGUCAACCGUCCAGACCAACCAAGGUCAAACACACCAACAAUGGCAUCCUUCCAACUCCUCGGCCAACGCGAAGAAGACGAACUCCACAAGACCCGCAUCCUCAACAUCGAAGAGAAACCCUUCAAGCGCAUCACCAAACGCCUCCUCGCCCCCGGCUCUCUCAUCUCCACUCCCCUCGCCCCUCUCACCCCACCCCCCGACACCCUCACGACCCCCGAAGCCGCCACCGAGCAAGAAGCCACGCACCAAAAACAGCUCGACGAGCGCCGCCAGUUCCACGAAGACGUGCUCCUCGAUUUCGCCGCUUUCGACAGCAGUAUCGCCCGUUUCCAGUUCUUGCGUAACUCGAAUGAGCGGGAGCGUGAGCGCUAUGCGGCGGAGAAACUGAGGAUUUUGGAGGCGGCGCAGGAUGUCAAGGAUAAUACCGCUGAGCUUAGGGUGAAGCUUGAGAGCGCGAGGGCGACGCUGGAUCAGCGGAAGGGGUUCGAUAAGUUGGCAGAGAAAAUCACGAGUAACCGCAUGCUGCGCACACGAGAAGAGCAAGCAGCAAACCUGCAGAAGCUAGAAGAAGAGUGCCGCGAGCUGGAGAAGGAGAGAGAACAAUACGGCGAGACGUGGGCCGAGAGACGCGAACAGUUCGGUCGUAUCGUCGAGGAGGGCGUGAGGCUGCGAAGGCUCAUCAGAGACGAGAAAGAGGAAGUAGAGCGCAGAGAGGGGAUGGGUGAUGCUGGUGAAGAAGAUGGAGAAGUAGGCGAACAAACACCCAAACACGACAGCGGAGAAGCUACACCGAGACCGGAUGGCGCUUUAACGCCUAGAGCGACGAGAGGUGCGAGCACAGAGGCGGAUAAUGUGUAUAAGAGCUCGAAUCUGAAGCCGGCGUCGAAUGGUUACUCGAGGUCGAACAGUCGCGCGAGUAGUCGUGCUGGUAGUCGCGGCGGAAGCAGGCCGGGGAGUCGUGCGCCUUCGCCUACUGGGUCGGAGAGGAGGAGGCAGAUGGCUGAGGAGGGUGAUGCGGUUAUGGCGGAGGCGGGUGUUGAUUCGCCUAUGGCGGAUGCGGAUAGUGCUGUUGAGGAGGGAGAGGAAGUGGAGGUGGAGAUUCCAAAGGUUACGGUGCAUGAGCCUAGUUCGUCAAGUAGUGGUGAGGAUAAGAUGGAUACCACAUAAUACCAAGGAGUGCAGAACUCGCUCAGCUUGUAUAGAUAGUAGCUAGUUGUAUACUACCUGGCGCAAUACCCGA